AAUCUCUCUUCAUGGCAGAACCACACACACCCCGUAUACGCUCGAAGGCCUCUGCGUCUCUCCCACUCGUCCGCUCUCCGUACUUUGAUCAUGGUUCUGCAUACGAAUGGGCUAGGGAAACUUUGUCUGCACACGAAGACCUGCUGUCCGACUGCGAAUCGGAGGAAGACACGGGCGAGUCUGAUUUGAGGGUGUCUCGUCACUUCUCGCGGAGAACUUCAGCCUCGAGGAUGUGCUCUGCAGCACGAGCUGCCUGUAGAGACAGAGAACCGGUGCCGUGCACCUCGGAGAGCUCCGCUGAAUCCGAGGGUCGGACGGCAUUAGAAACGCACCGUUCGCUGCUUCGGAAUGCAGCGUAUAGCAGUUUCUACGACGCAUUUAUGCGUUCAUUCAACCGUUUGUAUAGGGCCAAGCCGAUCUUGAUACAAGAGCAUGUGGCCGAUGAUCCCUGGAAGGUGCUCGUCGCGGUUACGCUCCUGAACAAGACGGCCGGGGUACACGGCGUGCCUGUGUUCUUCGCACUCGUGGAGGAAUGGCCGACAGCCCGCGCCCUCGCGUAUGCCUGUCCGCGCGCGGUGGAAGAGCGCAUCAGGCACCUUGGCUUAGGCAGGUCUCGCACGGCGCGUCUGAUAAAGCUGUCACAGGCCUAUCUGGAAGACCCGCCGCGCCCCGGGGCUCUGCGGCCAUCCAGGUGCUACAUGCAUGUCCGGGUGCAGUCCACAGGCAGCGAGGAUACCGUGCCGGGCAUCAUCCGACAACGCUACCCACCGACGUGUGCAUCGCAUCUUCCGGGAAGCGGGCCAUAUGCUUUGGACUCGUAUCGCAUCUUCUGCAGUGGUACAGACGAGUGGAGGGACGUGCGGCCCGCUGAUAAGGAGCUCGCGAAGUACCUGCAAUGGAAGUGGGCUGUUGCGGAGUUCCGUCGGUGGGACCCCUUCCACGGACCGGGAGAGUCGAUUGAUCUAGCAUAUAUACAAUCCCUUUCGUCAUAUCUUCAGGCCACAACAAUGCACCUUGACUCGGAAAUUGGCCUACAGUGGUCCAGAGUGCAGCUACCUACUGCUGCCCGGAAUGCGUUUGGACGCCCACGUCAGUGGGUUGAGAAACCAUUCAAGAUCAGGAGCGGGACUCAGCUCCGAUGAUGGUUAGCAACAGUAGUUUCCUUACGUCUUGAAUGACCGCAUAGGUUUAAAUGAACUUUUCUGCGUGUCAUUUGCCCCUACCACCUCAUAACUGCGGAUUAAUGCUUCAGCUGCACGUUCAGAACGUCGAUUCGUUGGCCAAGUU